AUGUCCAUGUUUCUUUCCAAGUUUCUCUCUGGGAGAAAUGUGGCCAAAACCAAACUAGAGCUGUUGGCAGAAGCCUGGACCAACAUUCAAAAGUACUAUGAAACAGCUGCUGAUCCCUUGAAAGAUGCUGUGGAUCUCACACCGAUUCCAUGCAGCUUGCAGAACAUUGUCAAGUUAAUCCAGGCAGAGGAAGUGGAGCACCAGCGAGCAAGUGGCAGUCUAGAGACUGGACCUUGUUUAGAGUAUCUGUUACAAAAGCGCGUGUUGGAGGAAUUGGCUGAAUUUGCCAAAGUGGAUACACCGUAUGGCAUGCGAGUCCAUUGUUUACGGUUUUUUUGCAGUCUAGUUACCAAUGUUCAUGCCCAACUACUACCUGAAAGAGCUGUUCAUGUGCCGCUUCAAAAGUUAAUCAGUUCAUCGCAUCGACUCAUUAACCGCCAUUACGAGGAAUUAGCAAACGAGAUGGAGCCCUGUUCAGAGGAGCGACUACUAGCUAUCUCUGAAUUGUCGCUCGAGCUGGUCAAGCUGAUGCAUGGCAUUUUCUCGCAUUUCAAAGGAGCUAAUGCUGCAUUGAUGGAUCUGUUCUUUGAAAGAGGCUGGUGUAGAUCCAGAGGUGAGAAUGUGUGGCGAUGCUCCAAGGACGGAAAAACCCUGCACAAGCGACGAGAGAGCGUGGAGGAAAAGAUUGCGUGGGAUGUGUUUCUGACGCCUCGUUUUGAUAUGUUUCAGUAUCUGCUUGAUUUCAUGAACAUGCCAGGUGAAACUGGUGAAAUUGCAAGGGAAGCCAUCCUAUUUGCUCUAAGAUUGUUAGAAGGCGAUCCUGAAUAUGUAUGCUACAUUGUGGAAUACUCCAACUUAUGUGAAGUCAUGGCUGAACGAUUAGCUCUGUUUUUCGCUCAUCUGCCCAAGAACGCAGGCGCAUUCACCAUCUCCAGCAACAAUCGCAUCCAGUCAGUCAGACCAUCACGACGACACAUUCGAUUCUCUAUACCAGCUAUGAUAACCAACAACAGCCUCAUCAUCACAGUCAAUGCACAGAGCAGCUUUAAAAAGAAGCGCAGAAAGAGAAGCCCCUUUGAUAUCAACUUUGUACGCACACUGGACUCGACGCACGACGGCGAACGAGUGAUUGACGACUUUUACAGCUUCUGGGAGUAUUUGAAUGAUGUGGCUCGCGUGGCAGAAAAGAGAUUGAUGACUGCACUGAUGGCACAACUGACAACGAGCUUCUGGCAUCCUGUUAUUUGCACUGCACUGAGCUCUCCUUCUGCGGAGACAGCCACAGCAGCCAUCGCCUACACUACUGAAAUGAUCCGCUCCUUGACAGACCAGCGUUUGUUGCAUGUGUUUUUGGUGGUGUUGCUGGGAGAAGACAGUGGCAUUGGGAAAGACAUUGAGCCUGAAGUCAAGACACACAUUCCUAUACAGGACCUGAUUGACGAUGAUCGAGACGAUGAAUCCAAUGCGUCCAUGCAGACUGCAAGCGACGAUGAUACAACCAAGAUGUCUGAUGAGGCAGCAGAUGCCACGCGCAACUCGUUGGAUGCAGACGAAGGACUGACGCUGAGACUGUUGCUGAUCAAUCGUAUUGACGCAGAUAACCAUGAACUGGCACUGGCAUCGCUUCGUUUAUUCGACACCAUUAUGGAGACAUACAAUCAGUUUGCCAUAUACAACCUCGUUUUACGCAACUAUCUCGACAUUUCGCCAGAAGGAGAAUACAUUGAAGACGAGACACGCGAUGUGACAGAUACAUCCUCGCUCGGAUCCAAGAUUGUGGACGACAAGGGAAGCGUCACUACAGUGGAAGAGCCCAAGGUAGAUGAUCUUGCUGUGGGUGAUAGAGAUGGGGUAGCCAAAAAGGACAUCAAGACUGAGAAAGUGCGAUGGCUUGUAGAGAGAGUGCUAUCAUUACUGCCAUUGGAGGAUGAGUUGGAGCGAAUGAAGACACCACACUUAUCGUCCGUCAUACCAUCCGAUUCGUUUGCAUCUACCGUAAAUGGGCAACAGCAACAUCACCACCACCACCAACAGGAUAUCAAUCCUUAUGCAGUUGUGCCUGGCAACAGUUACGACGACUAUUUCCACGAAGCACAAGAGAGAUUCCACUAUGCUCUGCUGGCUAAAAACUUUUGGCAUACACCUUAUCCACCCGUGAAAACGCGCAAAGACUUUGAGCGUGAAGCAGAGGACAGACAUGGACGUCCCAUGAGACCCAUACACAGAGACGCGCCGCCUACUGAAGCCACUGCUGGAACAGAUGUCGCUGCAGAUCAAGCAAGCAUCACCAGCACAACCACAACAAACACGUCCAAAAAAUCAGAGUCCUAUGAAGGCUUGUUCCUCAGUCGUAUCUUUGAUCAAUUCCACCGCAUGCUUGAAUUGCCUAUGGAGCAAAAUCUGUUAGUCACCAGUAUCCUACAAAAGAUUGCAGGCGUCGUGGAUAAGCGCAUGGAUGGCGUUAUUUGCGAUUGGCGUGCUGUGCGUGUGGGCGUGGAUGGCGCUCUCUAUGGCGGUGUAUGGGCACUGCCUAGCGCCAAAAGCAACCGUCGCAGCCUGUAUGCCUUGUUGGAGCAAGUGACAUUUGAAGCACUCAAGAGAGCGCAACUGGUACCCAACUUUGAGACGCGUAUUUCGAUAGCCAAGAAGAGAGGCAUACUACCAGGUGGAAACGGCUUUCCUCAACCACACAGCAGCGCAUCGCAUACUACGGAACAUCAACAACGUUCACAGACAAGAAGGGACAAUCUUUAUCACAGCAUGAAUCAUCAUCAUCACCAUCACCAUCAUUCACAGCAUAACAACAACAACAACAACAACAACAACACUAUUGCCUCGCCGCGUACCAGUGAAAACAUGGCUCGCAAUCAUCCCAACCUGACAAAACUGGUAUUCAACAAGGGCUCCACCUCAACACUGAUGCCUUCUUCUCCGCGCAGUCCAUCAUCGCCUGUAGCCACAAAAUCAGCAGGCCUACUGCCCUUACGGAUCACACGCGACAUGGGCAUCGGUGGAGGCGUAGGAAGUAGUGGUGGUGGAGCAGGCUCACCAAAUGGACCCAGCUCACCGUCUGCUGCCUUUUUCCAAAACCCACAACGGUCCAAUGCCACACCAGUGACAGUGACCAACCCCUACGCCAAACUAUCCAACUUUGUGAAUUCAUACAUUGUGCUGCAAGAGUUUUGCAAAGAGCUCGCUGCUGUGAUCCUCGUGCGACAUGCAACCAACUACAACGAGAUUGGGUUUGUCAGAUACCAGGAACAGCGCGAAAUGAUGAUGAUUGAUCCAGGCCUCAACAUGCUGAACCCUCACUUGAUGAACAACAAAGAUUGGAUGUUGGAUGACGUGGUGGAUGAAGAUGAAGACUACAAGCAAAAGAACUUUGAUAAAUGGAAGAACCGCAUUUCUGUCGUGUCUACCAUUGCAGACUGGAGAAGUGUUCGCAGCAUGGACACAAUUGAUGAAGCCAUUACGGCAAGAGUGCCUUCCAGAACCACAGGUUCCACAGAUGAAAUCAAGGGCUAG